AAAUUCUUGAGCACUGCAACAUCGUUCUUCCUCACAAGCUGUGUCGUGACAGCAAAUUGAAGAGGAGUCUCCAAUGGGCAAGUUCAUUUGCAUCCUUGCAUUGCUCCUGAUGGCAUGCGUGGUGUCCCGGGGAGCUCUCGCUGCAGGCGAGUGUGGGAAGUCGACAACCCCAGACGCCGAGGCCAUGAAGCUGGCCCCCUGCGCGGCAGCUGCACAGGACGCUAAGGCCCCUGUGUCUGACAGCUGCUGUGCCCAGGUGAAGAGCAUAGGGAAGAACCCGAGCUGCCUCUGCGCCGUGAUGCUCUCGAACACAGCCAAGGCUUCCGGUAUCAAGCUCGAGACCGCCAUCACAAUCCCCAAGCGCUGCAACAUCGCAGACCGCCCGGUGGGUUACAAGUGCGGAGCUUAUACCCUGCCAUGAUGGAAGACCAUAUGCUCACGGAUACAUGGUUGCUAAUGAUUCCUUGGCAACCGAUGCUUCAGCUCUGUCGUUUUAUAACAAAUAAGGGGGACAGGAGCUUUGUUGUAAUCUAUGAUCUAUUUCCCUAUCUACCUUAAUAAAUCGAAGCGCAUCUGAGGGCUUUCUCAGUUGCGAGAAUCUUCCAAUCGUUUUCGUUC